AUGUCGAGACAUCGCGUGAAAAAUGUUGGCUAUGAUGACGAUGACUACUACGACGAUGAUGAAUAUGAGUCCCCUGAUCCCGACGAGCAGGAGUUCCUGCAGCAGUGCACUGCGGCGGUCUUGCAACAGCUCCGCGCGGGGCUGCCGUCGAUAACGGCGACGAAGGAGGAAGUUCAGGAAGCUCUUUGGCACUACUAUAACGAUAUAGAAAAGUCGGUGAACUACUUGAGGGGCAAGAAGGAAAAGGAGAUAAGAAAUCAUCAAGCCCCGAUUGCGACACCAAAGCACAAGGGUCAAUCUGUGCCGGCAUACCCAGCGCCCCCAUCUUCGAUAGCGCAUUUCUCCGCCGCAGAUUUCUUUCGUGAUUGUCCCUGGCUCAAUGUUCCUGCGCACCGCAAGGCUGAUAUCCUGGUCGAGCCUGUAUACCCUCGACUUGGUCUUCUGGGUGGUGCCCCCGAAGCUGGCGGCAAAGUGUCCAAGCUCGCGGCGCUGGCUGCAGCGAGGAAGAAGAAGGAAGGCGAAAAAGCCGCGGCAACACUGCAGCCUGAUUGUGCAGAAGCACCUUCACCAAAGCUUCAGGGGACUCCAUUAUCCCUAAGUCAGAGAUUGGCUGCCAGUAAACCCAGGAAAGCCGCUGAAGCGAAUGGGACUCUGCGACGAUUGGGGAAAUCAGGCACGUCUACACCGAUACCAACUGUCAAACACAUUCCACCGGAGACCCACGAGAUAACUCCGCCACCUCAACCUGAAACAACUGAAGAGGAAGAAAAUAACCAGCCUGAGCCCGAGCCGCAGGCCCCUGAUAUGCGCGCCUCGCCUUCCAUGUUUGCUAGCGUCAUCCUUGGGAAUGCAAAAGGGCCGACCGUGGCCGAGCCUAGCCACUUGGAUUCAAACCACAUGGAUCUACUCAAGAUCUACGGACAGGACCACGCUGAACCUUUUGACUUUGCAGGCCCCAGCCCGGAUGAUAUGGUGCUGAAUGCGCAAAAUACAGCAAAAGGAUUCAAAUCUAAACCCGCAGCCACCAAGGUGGCGGAUAAGAAAGGUGAUCUUGCUGGAGGCAUGAAGGAUCUCUCCGUGGAAGAGAAAGUGACUGUCAAGAGCAAGAACCUGGACGUCAUCGCUGAAUACAACAAGUCUAAACGGAAGAAGUCGGCGAACUUUGUGGUUAUUGGGCAUGUCGACGCUGGGAAAAGUACACUGAUGGGUCGGUUGUUAGCAGACCAAGGAGCGAUAGACCAACGCACGUUAGACAAGUAUCGAAAAGAGGCUGAAAAGAUCGGGAAGGGGUCCUUUGCCCUAGCGUGGGUGUUGGACCAGGGCUCCGAAGAGCGCGCUCGUGGUGUCACUAUUGACAUUGCCACGAACAACUUCGAGACCGAGACCACUGCAUUUACCAUUGUCGAUGCCCCUGGCCAUCGUGACUUUGUCCCCAACAUGAUUGCGGGUGCCAGCCAGGCCGAUUUUGCGGUGCUGGUGAUUGAUUCUAGCGUGGGCAAAUUCGAGUCUGGUUUGAAGGGUCAAACGAAGGAACACGCUCUGCUGGUGCGCAGCAUGGGAGUCCAGCGGAUCAUUGUUGCCAUUAACAAAAUGGAUGCGGUGAAAUGGGAGAAGGGCCGGUUCGAAGAGAUUGAACAGCAAGUUUCUUCAUUCUUGACGACCGCUGGCUUCCAACCCACGAACAUCUCGUUCGUGCCCUGUUCGGGCGUCCUGGGAGACAAUAUCACCCGACGUAGCACAGCCCCUGAAGCAUCGUGGUACAGCGGCCGGACCUUGAUUGAAGAACUCGAGACGUCAGAACCGUAUGCGUAUGCGCUCGACAAGCCGCUCCGCAUGACGAUUGGCGAUGUCUUCCGGGGCGGCGUGCAGAACCCCAUUUCCAUUUCGGGACGGAUCGACGCCGGUAGUUUACAGGUGGGCGACCAGAUUCUCACGAUGCCCAGUGGGGAAACAGCCUUAGUCCGCAGCAUUGAGGUAGACAGCGCGCCCAACGACUGGGCAGUCGCGGCUCCUAUUCAGACCAUCACCAGUUUCACCGCAAAGGUCCUUGCCUUUGAGCAUCUCAUGCCCAUGCUCGUGGACAUUCAUCGCGGUCGUCUGCAUGUGCCUGGCCGAAUCGCUAAGAUCGUGGCUUCCCUGGAUAAGGCCUCCGGGGCGGCAAUAAAGAAACGGCCAAAGAUCGUGGCCCCGGGGACGGUGGCGCGCGUCGUGGUGGAGAUGGACCAGGCUGUGCCCUUGGAGGCGCCGACUCGCAUUGUCCUCCGCACGGGGGGAUCGACCGUGGCUGCGGGACUAUUGGAAUAG